AUGACACAAUUUCGUCAUGCAAACAAAACUAUCAUAGCCUUACGUUUUUUCAUUUCUGAAUGUUGUCUACCACUUUCAUCAAUUAACUUAAAUAAUCACGCUCCUUCAACACUCAAGUUAAAAAUGGAUUUCCAACACCGUGUAGGAGGGAAGACCGGUUCUGGUGGAGUAGCAUCAGAAGCUGAGGCUAAUCGCGACCGGAGCUACCUUGCACACACUCAAGGGAAAAAGCAUCAGUAUAAUUUGCAAAGACGAGCUGUUGAGCAGGCCCGUGAGGCUCCAUCUACAAUGCAACCAGAGCGCGUUAAAGUAGAGCCGAAGAAAUUCAUUAAAAUUGGUCGUCCUGGAUAUAAAGUAACCAAACAAAAGGAUCCAGAUGCUAAUCAACAGUCUAUGCUUUUCCAAAUUGAUUAUCCAGAAAUAGCUGAUGCUUCUGGUGUAAUACCUCGACAUCGGUUUAUGUCUGCUUAUGAACAACAUGUUGAACCACCAGAUAAACGAUGGCAAUACUUAUUGUUCGCUGCUGAACCAUAUGAAACAAUUGCUUUUAAAAUUCCUAGUCGUGAAGUAGAUAAAGACCCCAAGAAGCUGUGGACUUAUUGGAAUUCCAGCUCUAAACAAUUCUUCCUACAGUUCGCUUUCAAACUAGAAAGUCAAUCAUCUUCUACCGCUAUGCUUCGUGAUUUAGAAAUGCAAAAAGCUAAAGCUCAACAUGCCCAACUUCAGCUUCAAUUACCUCCACCGCCACCGCCACCACCUCCGCCUCCACCACAUGCUAUUGGUCUUCCUAUUCCAAGUGCUCCGCCGCCCCCUCCACCACCGCCCGCUUUUGGAGUAAAUUCUAGUGGUGUAGGGACAAAUGCUUCUUCAGCACCAAUCCCACCACCGCCGCCGCCAACACCCCCAGCUUCCCUUCAACUGAAUGGGAACUAA